UGUUUUCUCCUCGUCGCGGCCGCGAGAGGAGACGGUUUAUUUAUUUUUCUGUAUGGGCGGCUUUUUGUGCGGGGGAAUGUAGAGGGAUACGGCUGGGAAGGGAACUGAGUUAGCGGAGGUCGGUAAGGUCGCGAUGUGAGCUACGGUCGUUGAUGAAGUAGGAGUGAAUCCAUCGUAAUGACGGACCACAGGACGGAGUAGAGGCCGGAAAGCCAAAGAGAAAACACCGUCAGAACAUUCAAGCCUUUGAGUUUGAAGCAAUUUCUUGAACGAGAAAACAUUUUUCCAAGUCGAAUAAGUAUUCCGAGUCCCGCCUUGCGUUGCCAUCGUGUGAAGUAGCGACAUCACACUCUACAGAUGUUCUCGUGACGUCACGAAGUGACUUUGUUAUUGAGGUUAUGUUAUUGGAAGGUGUCUGUGUCAGUGUUGACACUUUGCAAAACGUCCUUUCUUAGUUAACUGCGAUUGCUUGUUUAAGAACCAGAUUGUUUGUAAGCUACAUAUCAAGUCUUUGCUGUUUUCGCAAAAUGGGUAAACACGAAGUCGGGACACCCAAAUACAUCGCAAAUAAAAUAAAAGCCAAGGGUCUGCAGAAGCUACGCUGGUAUUGUCAGAUGUGUCAAAAACAGUGCAGAGAUGAGAAUGGAUUCAAGUGUCACACAAUGUCCGAGUCCCACCACAGACAGUUGCUACUCUUUGCUGAUAAUGCCAACAAGUACAUGGAUCAAUUUUCCAAGGAAUUUUCCCAUGGAUUCUUACAGCUGUUGAAACGCCAGUUUGGAACCAAACGUGUACCAGCGAAUAGGGUGUAUCAGGAGUACAUUGCAGAUCGAACUCACAUACACAUGAAUGCUACCAUGUGGCUCACGCUAACUGGAUAUAUAAAAUGGUUGGGUAGAACUGGUAAAUGUGUUGUCGAUGAAACAGAGAAAGGUUGGUUUGUGACGUACAUAGACAGAGAUCCUGAUACCUUGGCUGCUCAAGAGAAAAAAGAAAAGAAAGAGAAAAUGGACAAGGAUGAUCAAGAGAGGAUGAUGGAAUUCAUUGAAAAGCAAGUUAAAAAAGGAAAAACUACUGAUGAUGGCACAGAGGAAUUUAAGCAACCACUUGCAAGACCAGAAGAUGAUGCUCCACUUGUGCUUGAACUUAAAUUAAAGCCCAAAAAAGUGUUACCCUUACAACCAGUUUUGGCUAUAAAGAAAGAGCCAAAUUUAGUAAAAGUUAAAGAAGAACCUCUGAGUGAUGAUGAACAGAGCACAAGUAGUUCUGGAAAAGAAAAACAAUUGCCAAAACGAAAAAGUACAGACAAGGAUACAAGUGUAUCAUCUAAAAAAUCGAGAAUAGACAGUGAGAGUGAGGAUGAAAAAGACAAAUUCAAAGGUUGGCUCAGAAAAGAUUUAUCAGUCAAGGUUGUCACUAAAUCUCUUGGAGAUAAAUAUUACAAAGCUAAAGGAACAGUUGAGGAAGUGAUGGAUGCUAAUUGUUUUAUUGGGAAAAUUAAAUUGAAAUCACCUGAAGAUGUAGAAGGACAUGUUAUUAAGAUAGAUCAGGAAUAUCUUGAAACAGUAAUCCCAUCAAUUGGCAGAGAUGUCAUGGUUUUGUGGGGUAAAUACAAUGGUGAAAUUGCUACCGUUGAAAAAGUGAGAAUCGAUGAUUUUUGUGUUGACAUUGAGUUAAAAGAAAGAAGAAAAUUAUUAAAAAGAAUUCCUUAUGAACAGAUAUGCAAGUACAUAGGUUGAUAUUUUAUGACUAAACAAAUUUCAUUUAUGUGUGAUGACGCUGUAAAUACAUAUUAUAUAUAUAAGAACUAAAUAAAUGAAUUUUUUUAAAGAA